AUGGCGGAGUACGCGGAGCUUCUGGGGGGUGUCGUGGUGCAGCGGCCGCGGGCAGUGCCCUUUCUGAGGUUGGCCCACGCCAGGAGAGUGGGGAGCUGGUCGACCCAGGCGGCGGAGCCGGCGAUCGGGCGGCGGGGCGCGGUCUGCUGCGGCGGCGCAGCCGUCGACGCCGCUGGUUCCCUUGGCGGCGAGGUCUUCUCUGUUACCUCCUCCAGCAAGUCCGAAGUCGACUAUCUCGGGGAGAGCACCAAGGGGGACCUGAACGUCAAUCAGGAGCGUCUGGAGGCGCUUGGUGAGCUGCUCACCCAAAUCCCCACGGAAUGACGAGAAGAUUUUCGGGAACUUAACUUCCUUGGAUAGAUCAAGUGCCUGCUUAUUUAUCUAGAAGCAGAUUUCUGUCCAACUGAUGAUGCAUCUUGUAGGGUUUAAGCCGUUCCUCCUCUGGUUUUCUCCUGAAUACCCGAAGCGGCGUUUAUGUUGAUUUCAUGGGUUCGUUUCGAUCGAUAGUUCUUCGCCCUAUCUCUUUGUCUCUCUUCCUUCACAUCAAUGGAUGGAAAUCUCAUGAAAAUCCCAGCAGGGAAGGAGCGAUGCUUCUAUAUGAUCUCAUUGCCUGCACACUGGAUGGAUCCUCCUAGAACAGUUCAAUCCGUUCAAGGGAGUAUGCAUUAUUGAGGGGGCACUCAUUUGAGAUCUUGAUCAGCGCUUUGAGCUUGACUUUUGCUUGGCCCAUUUGUUAUUUGAUCCGAAAUCUCAAGUGCUUGAAGUUUGACUUUUGCUGGAUCAAUAUGUUGGGUUGACAUUCUGAUGAUUCAGUCCGAUGGCUAUCAUGAUCCUUCUUUGUAGGGGUGGAUGGCCAGGCAGCCUUAGGGGGGCCGAUAGAGGAGAUUGCCAGAAUCGAAGCUGAAGAAGCGAAGACAUUGCUGAGUCAUCUGGAUAUUCCAGUAAUUAUUUUAUCUAAUUCCUAAACUGCCUCCAUUUUUCUUACAACUUUGUGAUAUGCCUCUGUCAUAUACUAACAUGAUUUUUAUUUUUUUUUGAGAAAAUAAUAUUUGGUGCGAUUGUCCAUCCACAAUACAUGUUCACAGGAUCCUCUUACAUCAAUGCAUUCACCUCGCGGAAUAUUCUGCAGCCGCACUUUAAAUCUCCGGUCGAUCAGCGCCAUUGGUUACGACAUGGAUUAUACCUUAAUCCACUACAACGUCAUGGUAACUGGAAAAUCAGUUUCGUUUAUUUUUUAAUGAAUUACGCAACUGAUAAGAAUUUUAAUUUUCAAGCCCCCACCAAUUUUCUAAAAAUUAAUCUUUAUAGUUGUUUGACUAAAAAUGAAUCUUCAGCUCAUGUGUUUGUUCCUCAUAGUUGACAGAAUGCGAUGUUAACUAAGCAUUGAUUAUUGAUAAAAUUGGUGGAUUCUGUAAUCUUUUUGCCGUUCUUGUGGUGAAAGAGAUUGGGAAAGAUUAUGUUUUAAUUGACCACCAUUAUUUGCUUCUUCUGCAGGCGUGGGAAGGAAGGGCAUAUGACUACGGCAUGGCCAACCUGAAGAGCAUGGGUUUUCCGGUUGAUGGGCUGACUUUUGAUCAAAACUUGGUAAAAUAUUUUCCCAAGAAAAUAUAUUCUCUUCAAUUUCCACCAGUAAAGAAAUUCUUCCACCGAGUAUCAGAUCAGAUUCAUCUUCUUUUGUCUGAUGAACCACUCUCGAUCAUACCUGCAGGUAAUCAGGGGCCUCAUCAUGGACAAGGAGAGAGGCAAUCUGGUCAAGGCCGAUAGAUUCGGCUAUGUGAAGAGGGCCAUGCACGGUACCCACAUGCUGUCAACUCGGGCCGUGAGGUGUGAUCAGACGCUUUCAAUGUGUUUGUUAUUCCCAAUAACCUUGGAAACUCUCCCAUUGUCUUACUAUAAUUUGAUUUUUAUUUAUCAAAAGUGAAAUUUAUGGGAGAGAGCUGGUUGAUCUGAGGAAGGAGAGCCGCUGGGAGUUCCUGAAUACCUUCUUUUCUGUUUCAGAGGCGGUCAUGUAUACGCAGGUUUAUUCAGUGCAUGUUUUAAAUUAUUUACUUGCUGCUUGAUUAGUAUUUGAAGUUCUUUCCCAUAUUAUAUUGUUAGUGUUAUUAUUACGACUACUAUUAUUAUUAUGAUUAUUUAUCUGAUUGUUGGCCAAACCAUUAGGUUCUUAUCCCACUGUUUAUAUAUCGAUGAUGUUUAUUUCCUAUAUCCGUGUGUAAAAAAUGGUAGAGAAGUUGACUUGAAUAUUUCUAGCAGAUGGUUGACCGGCUGGACGAAGGAGCAAUACCAGCAGACCUUGGUCUGCUUGACUAUAAAGGGCUAUUCAAGGCAAGGUGUCAAGUAUUCUCGUGACUAUCAUUGGUGUCCUUUUACAGCAGCUUUCUCUGACCUUUGGCAUUACUUCCAGGCUGUCUCGAAGGCUCUCUUCAGAGCACACGUCGAAGGUCACCUCAAGGUGGCCAUUUAAAAGAACAACCUGCCUUCCCUUUUGACUUUUCUUAAUGAAGGAAUGAUGUGGACGUCGCCCAAUGCAGAGUGAGAUAAUGGCCGACCCAGGUCGCUUCGUGGAGCCUGACCCCGAGCUUCCUCUCGCUCUUCUGGAUCAGAAAGAGGUGGUGCAUUUAUAUCAUGUGAUAUAACUACACGAUAUAUAUUAUAUCAUCCAUAUUUCCCCUUUGCUUUAGGUUAAUUUAUAUCUUGCAUUAUCUUUAGGCUGGUAAACAGCUGGUGCUGAUCACCAACUCAGAUUACCAUUACACGAACAAGAUGAUGCAGCAUGCCUUCAACAGGUUCCUCCCCAAUGACAUGGGGUGGAGAGAUCUCUUCAACAUGGUACCUAGUGAAGAAACCAACCUGGGUUUGAGGGCUUGGAUCCAUUCUUUAUGCUAUUAUAUGGAGCUUUUAAUCGAGUUUAAUUAUUGGAUUUUUUUUCACGGCAGGUCAUAGUUUCUGCCCGGAAACCAGAGUUUUUCCAGAUGGCAAAUCCUCUAUAUGAAAUUGUGACCAGCGACGGUCUGAUGCGUCCAUGCUUCAAGGCGCAUCCGGGUGAAUUUUUUAUUUUUAUUUUUAUUUUUCUAUUUUGGGGAAAUAUAUCGCCAUAAUUAUCAUCUUUCUAGGAAAUUGACUCUCUCUCUCUCUCUCUCUCUCUCUCUCUCUCUCUCUCUCUCUCUCUCUCUCUCUCUCUCUCGCUGUGUUUCCAUCUGUAGGGGGUUUAUACUCUGGUGGCAGCGCCCAGAUGGUUGAGAACUUCUUGAACAUCCAUGGUGACGAAAUACUGUACGUGGGUGAUCAUAUCUACACAGAUGUGAGCCAAUCCAAAGUCCACUUGCGUUGGCGAACGGCUCUGAUUUGCCGGGAAUUGGAGGACGAGGUUAGUGAAUGACUAGAUUGAUGGGAACGACUCGCUUUUACAAUUCUUUAUGGUGAAUAAACGAAAUGUGGGUAGAUGAGGGGAUUAAACUGAUGUAAUGUAUUAUCUGUUAAAUUCCAUGUGGAUGUCGCAGUUCAAUGCAUUGAUUCAUGGUCGGAGCCACAGAACCGAGCUGAUUGAGCUGAUUCACCAGAAGGAAAUUGUGGGUGAUCUGUUCAACCAGCUGCGUCUUGCCUUGCAACGGCGAACAAAGGGGCGCCCAGCUCAGGUGAACCCAGUUCAGCGCAGCACACCCUCUUUUCACCUCCUUCUCUGGCUUCCUGUUCCCAUUUCAAUUUUAUUUCUCUUCACAGCAAACCAGAAAUAGCAAGCUGAUCUCAUCUUCAUAGUAAUAAUAAUAAUUAUUAUUAUUAUUAUUAGUCCUCUUAUGUUGGUCGCUGAUGAACACCCCCUGGUUAAGCUAUUUUGUUCCAUGUUGACCUUCUUGAUGAGGCGUGCAGAGAUAAAUAGUAAAAAAGAUGGGCGAAAAAUGUGGAGAAAAAGGAGAGAAAUCGUAUAAUGGAUAGAAGAAAAUUAAAUCCCCACAACUAAUAUUUUGGUGAUUUCUCUUCUUUUCUUUUCUUUUUUGUUUAUUUCAGACUCGUGCCGCAACAAACAUGAACAAUGAGGAUCUGACGGAGACCAUGGAGAAGUUGCUUAUUGUGAUGCAGAGGCUCGACUACAAGAUUGCACCAAUGCUCGAAGAAGAUGGGGAGCAUUUCAACUCGAGGUGACUCAAAUUUUCUGACUAGAGAAUGCAAUAAUUACGUGGGGGCCUGAGAUAAUUAAAACAGAUGGGCUAUUUUCCACAUUAUUUUUUCAAUGAGUUGCUUAUAAGCGAUUUAUUUUCUCUUUUUUUGUGAUAUCAGAAAGACUAUGCUAAUAUGGUAAUUAGAAUAUUGGUUUGGCUAAUAGCCUACGAUAAGGAGAGCAGAUGACGGGCUCUUUCUCCCCUAAUCACUUUAUUAAAAAAAAUUAGUGCUAAAAGAGAUCGAAGGUUCAUGUUUUGGGGAAUGAAGAAUUGCUCUUCCCCCACAAAAUCCUCUGCGAACAAAUAAAGAAAACUGAAAACAGCAUCACUUUUUCUUUUUUCGUUUUUCUUGAUCUGGGUUCUGGGUUCUGGAUUCUGAGAUCAGAAAUCUCCGUUAAUUUCGCUAUGACGUCUCGUAAUUCCUCACUUGUUCUUUACUGGAUAUCAAAUUUACUCCUUCCCCAACAGAAUCUUCGGAUAACACAAAGAGGAAAAGAAAACUUGGAAAAAAAAAAAAACGCUUCUGUUUUUGUUUUUAUUUCUUAUUUUCUGGCAUUCUGGCUUGUCAGGAGUCUGAAAUGUUCUUCAAUGAUGUUCCCAGGUGGGGGUAUCUAUCGCGGGCAGGCCUGUGGGACAAAAGCCACUUAACAAGACAAAUAGAGAAGUAUGCUGCCGCAUGUUUCGUUUAUGAAGAUCAAAGGAGUUUAGUGGUAGAUUUCUUUCUUUCGGUGGUCUCCUGAUUCCUUGUGUAUUGAAUUCCGUGUCUUUUCUAAUUCAGGUAUGCUGAUAUAUACACCUCGAGGGUCUCCAAUUUCCUACAGUACACGCCUUUCAUGUACUUUCGAUCUCAAGAACAGGCAAGUGGAGGAGUUACUGUAAAUGCUUUCAGCUUUUCUUUCAAAAUCAUAUGAUCCUGAUUUUCCUGAUUAUUGGGUGUGCCGUUUGGCUUUAAAAUUCCAACGUCAUAAGAUAUUAUGAAUAUAUUUCCCUAUCUGGUAAUGGAGGAUAUUAGCAAAGGUACUUCCAUUCAGAAACUGGGUCUCUAAAUGUGAUUGUGCCGGGUUAUAUUCCUAUACCCAGCAGAAUCUAAAUGUGAUUACCAGCUUCCUUUUUCUUUAAUCUACUCGGAGUUGUUACCAGAAGCGUUGCUUCAUCUGUCUGUGCUUGAGAAUGUAUCUACUCUUUCUGACCGACCUCUCAGCCACCCACCCACACUCUCCGACUAGUUUUGUUCUUCAAGAUUAUUAUUAGAUAGAUUUCUCUGAUUCUCCCCUUUGAACUUGUCCUAAUCUUUUUUCCUCUGUCGCAGAGCCUUGCCCAUGAUCUGCACACGUAUCGCCCGCCGCCACCCAUCGACGAGAUCGGGGUCAACAAUCUGAGCUGA